ACGGGAGUCAUGUAGAGCCUUGAGGUGGGUGAGUUGGGUGGGGGGGCAUUGUCUGAGUGAAGGAUUCGUCCAGGGUGCAUGUGGUGGCUUGAGUAUGUGAGGGUAACAGAAAUGUGUUUAAGGUAUGGAAGUUCCAGGUCUUGGGCUUGUGUGUAAGGUGUGAGGGUUCCUUUCUUGGGUUUUGAAGUAUGAAACUUAGGUUCUAAGAGAGCAUGUUAAAGAGGGUCAUGAGGGGAGGGUUAAGCCUGUCUUGUGUCCCUCCAGGUGGAACAGGGCACUGGGGGCAGAUGGGCUAGAGGGGUGGUAGAGUGAGAGUGCUAGGGUGUGAACUUGGCUGAUGCUGAAUAAAUCAUGAUAUGUUAAAGACGGGUCAGCUAAAGGAACACAAAGUGUAGACAAUCCUGGUGGCUAGUCUGUAAAAGCGGGCACUAGCAGACUGCUUCAGGAGGGGCUGGGGCUGGAGCAGCUAAUAAGAGAGAGGAAGGGUAUCCCUUAACUACUUCUUGCCUGCAGCCCACAGAGUCUGGAGAAUCAUGGGGUCCAGGGCUGAGCUGUGCACUCUCUUAGGCGGACUUUCAUUCCUCCUGCUACUGAUGUCAGGAGAGGGGGCCAAGGGUGGAACCUUCAAAGAGAGGUGAUAACAGAGGGGGUGGGCCUGGGUGAGGUCUGCAUGGGAGCCUGCUGCUGGGGGUGGGGCUUCUUGAGAUGCAAAACAGGGCUGAAAGUUUAGAAUGAGGGUGAGAGUCUAUCACCUCCAGGGAAGAGGCCUCAGUGGCCACUGUGGGACUCCUGGCUCCCCACAGCCUGGCACACUCAGUCUCUUACCUUCUCUGGCAUGGAUGCAGGCAAGGUGUCUGCUCCAAGCAGACACUCAUGGUACCACUCCACUACAAUGAGUCCUAUAGUCAACCUGUGUACAAGCCCUACCUGACUCUGUGUGCUGGAAGGCGCAUCUGCAGCACCUACAGCCUGGCACUAUGUUCCAGGACCACAUACCGUGUGGCGUGGCGGGAGGUGAGACGAGAGGUGCAGCAGACCCACACUGUGUGCUGCCAGGGCUGGAAGAAGCGACACCCGGGGGCACUUACCUGUGAAGCCAUCUGCCUCAAGCCUUGUCUGAAUGGAGGCGUCUGUGUUGGGCCUGAUCAAUGCCAGUGCGCCCCUGGCUGGGGAGGGAGGCACUGUCAUGUGGAUGUGGAUGAGUGUAGGGCCAGUGUUACCCUCUGUUCGCACCGUUGUCUCAACACAGCAGGCAGCUUCACCUGUGGCUGUCCCCGUGGCUUGAUGCUGGGCCCUGAUGAGCACACUUGUGCAGAGGGGUCUUCAGAACCCCCAACUAGUGCCAGCAUCCUCAGUGUGGCCAUUCGGGAAGCAGAACAUGAAUAUGCCCUAAGGCAGGCGAUGGAGAUUAAAGAGCUGAGAGGGCGGCUGGAGAGGCUGGAACAGUGGGCUGCUCAGGCUGGGGCCUGGGUCCGAGGGGUGCUGCCCAUGCCACCUGAAGAGCUGCAGCCAGAACAGGUGGCUGAGCUGUGGGGCCGGGGUGAGAGGAUCGAAUCUCUCAGCGACCAGGUGCUACUGCUGGAGGAGAGGCUGGGUGCCUGUGAGUCCUGUUCCUCCUACCUAACUCCCACUCCCAAAGACUGCCCCCAGCUCUUCCAAAGACUCUGCAAUUUGGUAUUCCUUAAUUCUAGAAUCCCCUCCUGGAUGCUUACUCUCUACACACCUGCUGUCUCCAUUUUACGCUCCUUCUCUUCUGAUACCCUGUGCCCAGCCCAGUAGUCCCACUUAUUGUUGGAUGGUGGUCUGUGGAUGAUCCCCAGAAGGUGAUCAUCCACAGACCACAGCCACCCUAUCUCCCCAUCUCCUUGUCAUUAAUCAGGCUCCUGUGAGAAGAACAGCCUGGGCCCUGGCCUCAAUCAUCAUCAAUAAGGAGCCUCUACCCCCUAAUUUAUACAGAAACUGCAUGUACUAAUCCUCUGGGAUUGACCAACUGUAAGCUGCAGAUAAGGCUAUUGGCCAAGGAGGAAUGAGACAUGAAACCUUUGGAGAGUGGAGAGCUGAAGAAAGGGGGAAG